CUUGUGGUUUGCGUUACGUGAGAAGUGCAUUGAUUCUCAGGAUUUGUGAGGUUUUUGAAUGACAAUAUUCGAGAUCCGCCCAAGUAUUCAUUGCAUCGUGAGUCGGUCGUAAUGUUGUUAUGUUAACAGACAUUUAACGCAGCGCAGCAAAAGUUAAUCAAUGGCUCUACUGGGGGCUCAACUAGUCAUCACACUGAUUAUGGUCAGCAUAAUUCAAAAGCUAAGUCCUCACUUUUCGCUGGCCAAAUGGAUACUCUGUUCGACCGGUCUUACACGCUACCUCCACCCUACCGACGACGAACUUCGUAAACUGUCUGGUGUGCCACGAGAAAAAAGUAAAGGAAAAAGGGACAAGCGCAACGGCCACCACCAGGCGGGCGAUGAAAAGUCGUCCACAUUUCACAUUCCCCGUAGCUUGGAUAUUCAGCUCGAGACGACUCCCAUCUCCUCCUACGAUAUCGUUCACUUACGAUUCUACACCGAGUACCAAUGGUUGGUGGACUUUAGCUUGUAUGCUGCUAUAGUUUAUACCACCUCCGAGAUAUAUCACUUUUUCUUUCCCCUUAAGGAGGAGAUCAAUCUCAGUAUCUUGUGGUGCUUCCUCGUAGUUUUCUUCGCAUUUAAACUGCUCGCAUCAUUGACGGUACAGUACUUUCAAAGCGAGGAGUCCAUCGGCGAACGUUCGACAUGCAUCGUUACCGGGUUGGCCUAUCUGUUGAUAGCCAUGAUCAUUCUGAUCGUUCCCGAACACACGCUCGAGGUCGGAUUGGAUCCAGCCUAUCGCAGCUUUAACCAAAGUGCGUCCAGUUUCCUCGAAGAACAGGGUCUUAAUUCAUCUGGACCAGCGUCGAAGAUUGUCGUUAACUUCUUCAUCGCUUGCAGCUGCGGGAUUCUCGGAGCGCUUUUUACGUUUCCCGGGCUGCGAAUGGCGCGCAUGCACUGGGAUUCACUAAAGUUUUGUCAAGACAAGCUGUGGUUGAAGUUGCUUUUGAACAUCAGCUUCGCUAUGCCAUUUCUAUUAGUUAUCCUGUGGAUUAAACCUAUUAGCAGGGAUUAUCUUACUGUGCGCAUUUUUGCAGGCAUGGAUGCACCACUCCUUUCGACCGAAGCGUUUGAAACCAUGAGGCUUACUGCUGUGAUCGUGUCCGUCCUUUUACGGUUCUUGCUGAUGCCAGUUUAUCUGCAGGCGUACCUCAACAUAGCGCACGAGCGUGUCGAAGAGCAAAAGAAAGAAGCUGGUCGCAUAACGAACGUGGAGCUGCAGAAAAAAGUGUCUUCCAUCUUUUACUACCUUUGCGUCGUUACAUUGCAGUACGUGGCUCCAAUUCUGAUGUGCUUAUUCUUCGCACUUAUGUACAAAACCCUUGGUGACUACACGUGGGGAGGACUUCUGAAGCAAUCGAUUCAACUCGAUGAAUGUUCUGCCGACUUGGAGUACGAAAAAUCUGUACUAGCAGCACUGGCGAGCGACAGCAAAGCUGUCGGAGAAACGAACGAGUUUGUCGCAGUAGCGCCCGAAAGCGACCAAGAAGUGGAACAAAAUAUAUUCAACACUGCCCAGAGCUUCCACCUUUCGUUGCAGAACCUCAAAUCGGUCUUCACCAAAGACGUGUAUAGAGGCCUGUUUGGAUUUGCAACAUGGUGGAGUUGCUUCAUAUGGUUUGCGGCGUCCUCGCUCGGUAUGGUCUAUCAGUCGUACUUUACAAAAUCCUAAACUGAUGGAGCAUUUUAGGCGGUGAUUGAAACGCUUACCUAUGUAAAUCCGAACACACAACGCACACCACUGUGGGACCUAUUUUUCGUUCGUUUUUGCACAUUUCAUUCAGCUGGUCGACUAUUACGACAACCAUUAGCUUUUCUAUUUGCAGCCAUCAUACCCACCAUCAUUUUCAAUAACUGUUUCCUUUCAUAUCAACAUGAUAAAUUAAUGUCACAAAGUC